AUGUUUUUAUUGUUAGAGGGGAAGUUUUCAGGAAACGCAAAAGAAGAUGUAUGGUAAUCAACAAAAAGGUCGAAAAAAGUGAAACAAUAGAACUUCAUGCUAUGUUGAAGAUCCCUUAUAGAAAAAAAGAACAUGAGUGAAGAAGCGUAGAGUAGGCAUCCAUCAAAGGUAGAGGGGUGUCACCCUAUUUGAAUCCACAUUGAGCAGAAAAAAUACACAAUGUUCCAUUUACAAGCACAGUCGCGUAAUCGUAUGAAACGAAUAUUUCAGAGUCAGUGAAGUGGAGCAGUGACAAUUGAGUUCGAGCAAAAAUUUCGGAACGGCAUGUACAACAAACACGUUUUUCGGAAUACUCGCAGGUAAACGCUCAUCGAAAAGGGUUCCUACAGAACUGACUACGUUGACUGAAGAUGCACUCAGAAAGAGCAUUCGGAUAGAGUGGUUGAAAGGAUUAUCAGUCUUUAAGUUGAUCCAAAGUUUUCCGAAAGGUACGCGUGACAUCAGUGCUCCUACCGACCAUCAACACAGUUUUCGGCAAAGGAAAUCAGUUUCUUACAGAUAUAAAAGCAUCCUAGGCUCUGGUUGAACUAUGUGGCGUGGUGAGGUGAGGAACUGACGCAUUCGGCACAAUGAAAACUUUUUUCAAAAGGCUGUCUCGAUAAAUAUGACCUGGAUUUGAGAAGAAAUUUCGGAACGGCAUGUGUUUCAAGCAUACAUUUUUUGAAUACCCCUAGAUCAUUGCCCCUCGGAGGUAUUGGUUCUUACAGAGCUGAUUGCGUUGACUGAAGGUGCUCCCCAAUGGAGCAUUCGGGUAAAGUGGUUGAAAGUGUUAUCAGUUCCUCAGUUGAUCCGAAAUUUUCCAAGAGGUAUGUGUUACAUGAGUAUCACUUAUGACCAUCAACGUACAACUCGCCAGAGAAAAUCUGAUUCUUGCAGACCCAAAGGCAUCCCUGGCACUGGCUAAACUAUGUGGUGCGGUGAGGUGAGGAAUUGACGCUCUCCGCAGAACUGGAAAUUAGAAGAGGCUGCAUCGGUGAAUCCGGCUAUUGAGUUUCAGCGAAAAUUUCGGAACGGUAUGUACACCAGGCAUACGUUUUCGGAACACUCCCAGGUAGAUGUCCAUUGAGAAGAGCGGUUCUUACAGAACUGACUGUGUUGACUGAAGGUGCUCCCCAAUGGAGCAUUCGGGUAGAAUGGUUGAAAGGUUUAUCUGUACAUUAGUUGGUCCGAAAUUUCCAAGAGGUACGCUUUCGGUGAAUAUCCCUAACGGCCAUCAACACCAGAGGAAUUCAGUUUCUAACAGAAUUGAUGGCAUCACUGGCUCUAACUAAAUCUAUGUGGUGUCGUGAGGUGAGGAGCUGAUGCUCUCGGAGGAAUUAAAACUUUUUUAAAGAGGCUGCAUCGGUAAAUCUAACCCGAAUUUGAACCAAAAUUCAAGCACGGUAUGUUUUUUUUAACAUGCUAUUUUGAACACCCCUAUAAGAUUCUUUCGGGAAGACGAAACUCUCACUGAACCGACUGAGAACACGGCUCAUUCUGAAUUAUAACUUUUCAUGUGAAACGGAAUUUUCAAAAAAAUGCGCGUCGCAUGAUUAUUGUGGCCCUAAUGCCAUUAUACUUCUGCUAUUUUCGUUGGUAAGGAAGGUAAGGUAAGGAAAUCUAUCUCUCCGCGGAUGUGAAGCAAUUUCGACCGCCUCACUAAGUCUGACACUUUCGAGUGGGUCAAACUUUUCUAAUGUAUGAACUCCAGUCACAAAGAUUUUUUGUCAUAAAAAGUGUUAGUCAUUAUUAGGAUGGAAUAGUUUCAUUUUAUAUUCAUCAAAAGGAAAUCUCAGAUUGUUUGUAGCAAUCUUUGUCCUUAUUGCAUAAGAAGGAGAAUGCCCGGCGUAGCCGGGCAUCACCUAAGAAGGAGGAGAGCCCGGCGUUAGGUGGGCGAUCCGACUGGUUAGUAAUAAAAGAGAUGGAAUGAAGGACAAAGGGCGGGGUAAAAGAGGAUAGUCAGCAAAACGUCAAAGAGGCAAUCGAAUGAGAGCAAAGUUCACGGUUACGAUCGACAGUGAUCAUCGAAAUCCGAUUGGUAGAAUCAAACUUAUGGGGGAAACGUGCAGGGGAGAACCAAAAAAUUACUACCCCAACAGUUGUGUUGAAGUUUGCUUCAUCAACGGUAUUGAUAAUAAAAAGAGAAAGAGGCAGCACUUAAAGCUAAAUUGACACUAGUAAUAACAAAGAGUAAUAACUAACAGAGAGCAAUGGCACGGAAACGAUUUACUAGUGCCACCGCCGACUACUAUGUCGAAGGAUGAAAAAUUAGGAAAAGCACAGAUUUUUUAUGAUUAUUGCAGGACGCAUAUCUGUAGUGAGCCAAAGACGACCACGUUCUCAUUGGCCAAGUUACAAGUAAACAUGGCACUUCUUCAGAAUCAGAAUUGUAAAAAUGAGAUGAAUAAUGGAUAUUAAAAACGUAGGUGGACAUAACACAAAGGGAACAAGAAAGCUGGAAAAAUUGUUGGAAAUUGCAUCCACUGCAACUCAAGAGUUUACACAUCUCGAGAAAGAAAUUAAUUUUUUCGAGGAGCAACACGACUGAAAAAAUGCAACAAAACAGCAGAACGAAGUGAAGGCGGUUGCUAUAACUGCUCCAGGGAAAAGUUAGAGAUUUGAGUUCCAAAGAACAGAGUGAGGGCCUUUUAAAAAUUGGUGAAAACUCAGGACUUUUAAAUAGUAUGACGAGGUGUUUGUGGAAGUAAUAGGUUUCAGAAACUUAGCGGAAAUACUAGGUUCAUUAAAUAACUCACCAAGAAAACGCUCCCAAAAAAAAAAAAACGAAGCCCCACCUUUUUUACGACGGUCCUGUUCCCUUUGACCUAGAGCGUUCAAGUCAAGUAGACGCACAGAAGUCAGGAUGGAAGCACUUACGGUGGACGGCAGAACUGCAUUCCACCCACAGGGGGCGGGACGUGCGCAAAAUUUCCACUUCAGCCUUGAAGCAAAAUUUCGAAAUCACGGUAAUUAGUUGGUUAUAAACUGAGUUACUCAACCACACAGGACCUAAGCAGGUCUGUUCAUGAUGGAUGCGGCGCGCACGAAAUGUGUCAGGUGACUGUGUCUCUGGCUGGGAAUGAAUAAUUCUGGUCCCAUCAACGAAUCCUCCAGGUAUGAAGAAGAUGCAGGCGGGUAGCCAAUACAAACAAAAAAAGGAGUAGAGGCCGCCGUCUGCCGGGCGAUUCGACUGGUUAAGAACAAGACUGAGAAAAGACGUAAAACACUGUUUAUACGAACAGAAGUGUCAAAGAAGUGCUGACAGUGAAUUUAUGAAGGAUAUAAACAGAAAAUGUUGGGCACGAAAAAAGUUCAUUUUAAGACCGGGAAAAGAAAUAUAUAGAAAUGCUAGAAAACUUUCUAAAAAAGGACUCCUCAUAAACGGGAGUAAAACGGUCCAGCUUUGAGAUCUAGGAUAAAUGUUGGAAGAUCCGAUGUUUCCGGCAAAAAAAGCUCCCAGUCACAUCAAGAGAGUCUCGAACUUAUCAGAAAUUCCUCAGAUGACCCAGUGAUGAAAGUCGCACAGAUUCGUGGAAAACCCCUACCCAGGGUUUUCAAAACAUGAUACUAUCAUUUUUCCAGACGAGGAAAAACGGAAGUCGGGAAUAGAACUAUUCAGACUGUAAAAAACGCCCCCUUAAGAGGAGCAUCUUUCCCGUGAAGCCUUUUAAUAAUGAGCUCAACUGGAACUGAAAUUAGAAGUAGGGAGAAGUAGAAAGUUCAGAUAGAACAGUGAAGAUCGAUCGAUGGUUGGACCAGAACCAGCAAAGUGUUGGGGAUCAAUCCGCCUGCACUUUGAACUUCGAACUGUUCGGUGCCGAAAGAACGUGUGUGAUGGCCGAUCGAACAUGAACGUAGUCAAUCGAGAAUGUGCAGAAUGUGGCUAUACGUUUUUUGCUUUACUUUACUCCAGAAAAAAUGUUAAAGCUGGAGCUACACAAUGAAACUUGUGCUGUUGUCCUCCCAGGCCUAUACACUCCUGCAUCGUUUGCCAACGUGCUGAGAGAGUCCCGCUAAUCAGUUGCCAGGAAAAAGCUAGAACAGUACCCGGUGUUUUCAUCUACAUGGUGGAUUUUUGAGUUUUGCGGACGCAGUAUUUAUAAAACUGGACUUUGAAGGCGUGCGUAGGUUAUUCCUAUGGGAACUUCGAUUGCGAUGCUAUUAUCGAAUGAUACUAUCCCUGAAGAAAAAGUUGUUCAUCUUCACCCACAUAGGUGUGGGAGAAGUCGCGUUUCCUCCCAAGCUUGGCGGGUCCAUUCAAGUCGAGCAGAAGUGGCGAAAGUUUACCUAGUGAACUUCCCCUAGCUCUUCUCCAAGUUUUUAUUCCAGCAAUGAGGAGACCUGAUUUUAAUAAUGGUAAAAUUCUUGGUGAAGCUGUCUGUAUCCGUUGAAAUGUCAGUGGUAUCUGAGCUAUUGAGUCAGGCAGUGGAAGAUGUUUCUGUAGCGAUAAUCUCUAGAAGAUCGAAGGAUGAGUAUACGGGUAUUUGAGCAUGUGUGAGAAACGAAGCUGGUAUGGAAAUUACUGAAAUGAACCAGAAUGGCGGUAAAUCAGAUAAGCAGCCAAGACAAUUAUUUCUGCUAAGGAGUACAACACCGAAAGCACUGCCGUGACGAUCGUAGUGAGUGCCCCCUCACACCAUCUGUUAGCGAAUCACAAGAAAAAACAACUCAAAACAUUUCUAACGGUACAGCCGGUACAAAUAACGCUUCCACUUCAUUUCCUAAAUGAUUACCGGUGAAACUAUCACCGUCCACAUUCAACGACAGCGGAAAUCCAAAGUGGCAGAACAAGUUGGAGGAUCGUCAUCAAUAACAACAAUAACUCCUUCACUCAUCCUUAUGAGAGAAACACUGAAUAUCGCGAACCACCUUCGACUACGUUCAGUCAUAUUCAUUCCCUGA